AUGCCACGAUUGAAAUUCACAUUCUACUGUGCUUUUCUAGUGACUGUUUACUGUGUUUACGUCACCGAUGCGCUCCAAUUGACAACUGACUUAGGAACACGUGAUCAGAGUGAAGGUGUCGAUUACAAACCAUUGCUCAGGGUUGGGCGCAAAGAAUUACGGAUCAACACGUCAAGUAAUCCGCCCGCAUCAUUACCAGCUCCAAGAAAGUUCUUUUUGGAUUGUGGGGCAAACAUGGCGUCCUCUGUACUUUUGUUUCGUGAAACGUAUCCUUGGGCGAAGGAGUAUAUCAUCCAUUCAUUUGAGAUAGACCCUCAACUGCGUCCUUAUUUCGCACCGUUUGAAAGUAAGACGAUGUUCUUCCACAAUCAAGGCGUGUCGAAUACUUCAGGAAAGUUACAAGCAUAUCUUGAAGGGGCGUGGUAUCCAGAAAAAGUGAACGCACAUAGAGAUAUGCAGUGGGGCGGAGGAUCGUUAUUCGCCUUCGAUAACGAGAAAAACGCUCAAGAUGGCGGAAGCCGAAAGUUGUCCCGUCACAUUCAGGUCCCUGUAGUUGAUCUAUCGCAGUGGAUUCAAACAAAUACUAAUAAAGAAGAUUAUGUUAUAUUGAAACUGGACGUUGAGGGCGCAGAGUAUGGUAUAAUUAAAAAGAUGAUUGGAGAGGGAACUUUUGACUGGAUUGAUAAGUUAUAUGGAGAGUUUCAUGACUGGCAACCCACGGGUUUUAGUGCAGAUGAUAAAAGAGAAAUAAGAGAUUGGAUGAACUUCACUGGUGUAAGGAUGUUGGACUGGGUUGGAGAAAAUCACAGAUUUGCUGAUUUCGACGAGAUGCAUGAAAUAUCGAUUUCAGCGAACACACCAGGUGCAACACAAACUAUUCUGGACCAGUGCAUUCCCAAGCACGGACAUACAAUGGUUAGCAUCGUCAUUGAGAUAGGAAUGAAUUUGAAGUCAGCGAUACGACUAGUUGAUACCAUAUCAGCGUAUAGAUUCAACGUGCCGUUAACUCUGUUUGUAUAUGGCGACUUUGUGGAAAUGUUUCCAGAUCUAGUCAUAAAAUGGAGCAAACGUUUUGACAUAAACAUCCGCGCAAGUGGUCCGCUUCCGCGCGACCACUGGGAAAAACAAAACAAGGAAGUGCUGCGAAUGUCGGUGACCAGUGCGGAACAGCGAAUGAAAGACAUAUGGUUGACGCCGGCAUAUAUACUACCGCCUGGGUUGAGUACAAAUGUGUUGGAAGUGAUUUUUCAAAGGAAUUUACGAUUAAUCGUUCCAUCGGUCUCAUUCCCACCGACGAGAGGUAUACUUUUAACCAAGGAUAACUACCAUUCGUACAGAGAUGUUGAGCGAAUCCCGAAAGCCCUGAGAUCAAUUCACGAGGGUUUAGGUGAACAAGGCGGUAUCCUAAGUUUGGAUUCGGAUUUCCCAGACAGCUAUAUGAUUUCAGUUUUUCUUAUGGAUUAUCUCUAUGAGACCUCCAAACACAAAAUUGUUAGUUUUGUAGAAAACAGAAAGGUGCAACCCAGUAAAUGGAAUACCAUCGGUUCAUUACCAAGCCCAAGGAGGUUCUUUAUAGAUUGCGGGGCAAACGUGGCGUUCUCUGUACUUUUGUUUCGUGAAACGUAUCCAUGGGCGAAGGAGUAUAUUAUCCAUUCCUUUGAGAUAGAUCCUCAAUUACGUCCUUAUUUCGCACCGUUUGAAAGUGAGACGAUGUUCUUUCACAAUCAAGGCGUGUCGAAUACCUCAGGGAAAUUAGAGGCAUACCUUGAAGGGGCAUGGUAUCCUGGUAAACUAAACCUACAUGCAGACAAGCAGUGGGGUGGAGGAACCUUAUUCGCCGAAGAAAGCGAGAAAACUGCUCAAGAUGGCGGAAACCGGAAGUUAUCACGACGUAUACAGGUUCCUGUCGUUGAUUUAUCACAGUGGAUUCAACAAAAUACUAAUAGAGAUGAUUAUGUCAUAUUAAAACUGGACGUUGAGGGCGCAGAGUAUAGCAUAAUUAAGAAGAUGCUGGAAGAUGGGACAUUUGACUGGAUAGACAAGUUCUAUGGUGAGUUACAUGAUUGGCAACCCACUGGGCUAAGUGCAAAUGAAAAAAUGGAGAUAACGGACAGGAUGGAAAUUACAGGAGUGAAGUUGAUAGACUGGAUUGGAGAGAAACGCAGAUAUGAUGACUUUGAUGAUAUGCACGAAAUAUUGAUUCCAAAGAACACACCGGGAGCAAGGCAAACAAUUCUAGACAAAUGCAUUCCUAAACACGGACAUACAAUGGUUAGCGUCGUCAUUGAGAUAGGAAUGAAUUUGAAGACAGCGAUACGACUAGUUAAUACCAUAUUAGCGUAUAGAUUUAACGUGCCGUUGACUCUGUUUGUAUAUGGCGACUUUGUGGAAAUGUUUCCAGAGCUAGUCAUCAAAUGGAGCAAACGUUUUGAAAUAAACAUUCGUGCAAGUGGCCCUCUAUCAGGUGAUAAUUGGGCGGAACAAAACGAAGACAUUCUUCGCAUGUCGGUGACCAGCACAGAACAACGGAUGAAAGAAAUCGGGUUCACGCCGGUAUAUAUACUGCCACCUGGUUUGAGUUCCAAUGUUCGGAAGGUGAUAUUUGAUAGAGAUUUACGGUUAAUCAAGGCAUCAGUCUCAUUUCCACCGAAAACAGGAACGCUGUUAACCAAUGGCAACUACCAUACCUUUGAAGACGUGCAACGUACCUCAAAGGCUCUGAAAAUAAUUCACGAAGGUUUAGGUGAACAAGGCGGUAUCCUAAGUUUAGAUUCAGAUUUUCCAGACAGCUAUAUGAUUUCAGUUUUUUUAUUAGAUUAUCUAUAUGAGAACUCGAAACAUAACAUAGUUAGUUUACGGGAGUGCUUGACACUUAGAUGA